UAAACAGCGAACUUCUCCUCUCUCUCUCUCUCUCUCUCUUCUUUUGACUGUUUUGCUCUCCAACACGAUACCGACCCAUCUAGCGAGCUCUUCACUCUUUGCGUUUUCUGCCGAUUCUUGAAAAUUCAGAAUCCAUUAACGCACCAAGGAAAACCUUCCAUUUUUCAUAGAAAAUUCAUUCAUUCAUUCUAUCAAUUCAGAGCAUUUUCCGAAGAAGAAGUGAAAGCAAACAGGUGAGAGAAGGAUGCUAAGGAGGAAGAAGAUGAAGCACUGCUUCACCUUCUUCUUCUUCUCCUCCUCCUGAUUCAUGGCUUCUUCUUCUCAGCACCGCUGCGUCUUUGUUGGCAAUAUUCCUUACGAUGCUACUGAGGAGCAGCUCAUAGAAAUUUGCCAGGAGGUUGGGCCUGUUGUGUCGUUCAGAUUAGUCAUUGAUAGAGAGACUGGGAAGCCAAAAGGUUAUGGUUUUUGUGAGUAUAAGGAUGAAGAGACUGCUCUAAGUGCUCGACGAAAUCUUCAAGGUUAUGAGAUCAACGGCCGGCAGUUGCGGGUUGACUUUGCCGAGAAUGACAAAGGUGCUGAUAGAAACAGAGAACAGGGUCGUGGUGGACCUGGAUUUGCUCCAAGUGUUGACCCUUCAAAACAAGUGGGUGCCCCGGCCGUUCAUGGAGAAUCUGCUCAACAUCAACCAAUCGGUCUCCAUAUAGCCAUAACUGGUGCAGCUGUCAUGGCAGGAGCUCUAGGUGGUCCUCAGGCUGGUGUACAGGGUCAGUUGGCAUUGGCUAAUGAUCCUUUGACUCUUCACCUGGCUAAAAUGUCUAGGAGUCAACUAAAUGAAAUUAUAUCUGAGCUGAAGGGAAUGGCUACACGAAACAAGGAAUUAGCUAGGCAGCUAUUGCUUGCAAGGCCCCAGCUGCCAAAAGCUCUAUUUCAGGCACAAAUCAUGCUAGGAAUGGUGACGCCACAAGUGUUGCAGACGCCAAAUCUUAGGCAAGGUUCAGUUCAAGACAGCCAGACGGGUCAGGUGCCGGCAAUGCAACCUCUUUCUAUGCGACCACCUCUGGCACAGAGUAGUAUGCAGUCUGGUUUAUUCCCUAAAGUUGAAGAAGGCCACGUUUCUAUAGUGCCUCAAAAUUCUUUAGCCCGUAACCAGUUUUCUUCACCCAUACAACUUCCUAUGCCACCUCGGGUACAGCUUCCACAACCUGUUAGUGAACAUGCUUUGCAACAGGCUUCAUUGCCUGGGCAUUCAUUAGUUUCAAGUUUUACUCCCCUUCACCCUCAUUCUUCAAGUAGUUUGUCCAUUCGACCACAAAUUCAGGUGGCAAAAUCCUCUAUAAACCAGCAAUUACAGCCCCCUCAAUUGAAAAACCUAAUUCAAGUUGGAGCUGCAAAUUUGGGACAUAGUACUCAGAUGGUUCAUCCAAAUGCCACCAUACAACCAUCUACCUUAUCCCAUCAUUCCUCACUAGAUGCCGGAUAUAAGCCUGGCCCCUCAAUAUCAUCAGGUACUUCACGGCCAAUCAGUAGAGAUGCUGAUAGGUCUGUUCAAGUUUCCGGUGAUUCAACUUGGGCCCACAGAAGUAAUAUUAAUUCAAAUUUUUCUAUGCGGUUAGCUGAGAAAACUAGUUUCAUUCCUGAUCCUAUGGCAUCAGUUGAUCGCCCUUCAAAAAUGAUUAAACUGGAUAAUCGAACUUUACCCGUGGCAAGUUUGAACUUGUAUAAUGCUAAUGGAUCUACACCACCCCAACCACCUGAAGCUGCCUCUUUACCUGCAAGUACUGUUCCUAAAUCAGAAGCACGGGAAUCGGGAAAACAAAUAUCUCAGUCGCAGCUUCCAUCGGAGGUGGAAUCUGCUCUGUUGCAACAAGUUCUGAACCUUACACCUGAGCAGUUAAGUUCAUUGCCACCAGAACAACAACAACAAGUGAUUCAGCUUCAACAGAUGCUUAAAGGUGCAACACCGUAAUUUGAUUAUUUCGAUUCGGGAGCAACCUAUGGAGUGCAGGCCUCAAUUCAUUUGCUGGAACAAUAAAAGCUCUCUGUUGAUUCAAUCCCACUCUGGUUUCUUGUAAAAGUAAUGUUUACAGAUAUCCAGACCAUAAUCUGAAAUUCCAUUCGUUCUGUUCAUGAGAGUUUGUGAUUAGCAUAGUAGCUGGAUAGAUUGGUCAGAGGGAUAGGAAAAAUUUUGUGUAAUCUCUAGUAGUCGUGACACCCAAGUUUUUGUUUUCAUAGAAUUAGUUUUUCGCACCAAUUUUGCCGAGUUUAAAAGUUCUUUGUUCUUCGACUAAAACAAAUGUGUUACUGCAUGAAAUAGAAUGAAACAAGACUAAGACGUUUCUA